GCACGGGUUCACAAGAAAGCCAAUGAUGGCUCCACUCCCUUGCAUUGGGCAGCUUGGGCGACACGAAUCAAAGUUGUACACUACCUACUCCGCCAUGGAGCAAACCCAAACAUUCAAGAUGCUGACGGAAACUCGGCAUUGCACUUGGCCACUGACAUGGGCGACUCAGAUACAGUGGAGCAGCUUCUCGAUCACAGAGCGGAUGCUGGCAUUCCUAACAGGUUCCGAUGUACCGCAGCACACUAUGCCAUGCAACAUGGUAGC